GAAGUGCAAGCUCUGGGGUCAGCGUUAGGACUCAGGGGGUAUCCCAGAACUCGCUUUCAGAGGAACUGCCCCCUGUCUCCCGCCCACUGAUGGAGUCGGAUCCUUUAAUAGCCCCUCUGGAGAGGAGCUGGUGCGCUAAUCCGGACUUCGGACCUCACGAGAGGCUCCCAAAAGCCAGGACUUGCUCUUACUCAUCCACGGGCUCUUCGGGAUGCUGCAGCUUGGAGCAAGGGGCCCCCGAGCCCCCCAAACACGGCGAAACCGACGAGCUUUACGUGAAGCAGGCGGUAGUCUUUAUCGAAGACGCCAUCCAGUAUCGAUCCAUAGACCAUCGCGUGGAUCCGACGUCUCUCUGCCUCUAUCGCUGGUAUUACUCCGACGUCUGCCAAUGGUUUCUGAACGUGACGAUAUGUGUGAACCUGGCGCUGGCUUUUGUGGAAAAACCUUCCUCGCUGUCUAUCACGUCGGACGUCCGUUAUCGUAAAGCUCCCUGGGAACCUCCUUGCGGUGCGACCGAGAGCGUGGAAUUCGUAACGUUUCUUAUAUUUGUCGCCGACGUCUCGGUGAAGAGCUAUCUGGUGGGUUGGAAGGAGUUUGUGAAGAACAAGUGGCUGCUGAGCUACAUCGUCGCUCUGAGUGUCUCGGUCGCCGACUGGACCGUGUCUCUGUGCUUCAUGUGCGAAGAGGGAAUACGAAUCCGGAGACUUCUGCGGCCUUUCUUCCUGUUACAGAAUUCUUCAUUAAUGAAAAAAACUCUAAAAUGCAUAAAACGAACGCUACCUGAAAUGGCCAGCGUGAUGCUGCUGCUGGCUCUGCACCUCUGCCUCUUUACAAUGUUUGGAAUGCUGCUGUUCGCUCACGCAAAGGAUUCUAAGGUGGAUAUGGAAUGGCAGAGAUAUUUCCGUAACUUGCCUGACUCGCUGACAUCACUCCUGGUAUUACUAACAACGGCAAACAACCCUGAUGUAAUGCUUCCUGCUUAUUCUAUAAACCGAGCGUAUUCCAUCUUCUUCGUUAUCUUCACGGUUAUUGGAAGCCUGAUCUUGAUGAACUUACUGACGGCUAUUAUAUACAAUCAGUUCCGAGGAUAUCUCAUGAAAUCGGUGCAAGCGUCUCUGCUUAGGAGAAGACUAGGAAUCCGGGCUGCCUUUGAAGUGCUCUCUUUCCAACGAGAAACUAUGAACCAGCCUUCCGAUCAAACGGCUUGGGUUGAUAACGAGACCUUUUUAAGAGUUUUGGAGAAAGUGAAGAUGGACGGUUACUGCAAAAUAGCUAUUUCCGAGAAAGUCAAAUCUUACUCAGACGGCGUGAUAUCAGCUGAACGCUUCCAGAAACUAUUCGACGAGCUCGACAAGGACCCUGUCAGGCAGCACCCGCCGCAGCCUUGUUACGAAUCCCGAAUUCUGCAAGUUGCACAAAUAAUCGGCAGCCAUCGUUACUUUGACUACCUGGGAAAUAUCGUGGCUCUGGCCAAUCUUCUCUCAAUUUGUGUCAUCCUGAUGAUUGACGCAGAGAAGCCUGGAAGCGAGCGAGAUGAUUUCUCCUUAGGGGCCAUCAAUUGCUUUUUCAUUUUGUACUACGUAUUGGAAAUGGGGCUGAAAAUAUUUUCUCUGGGGUUUAAGCGCUACAUUUCCUACCCAAGCAACAUAUAUGACGGACUGCUCACAAUAAUUCUGCUGGUCUUGGAGGUUGCCACCUUCGCAUUAUACAGGUUUCCUCAUCCCGGCUGGCGGCCUGAUAUGGAGGGAGUGCUGUCCCUCUGGGAGAUGGUCCGGCUUGUUAACAUGUUCAUAGUCUUCCGAUUCCUGAGGAUUAUCCCAAAUAUGAAGGUCAUGGCUCUGGUGGCCGGCACGCUGGUGGACCUAGUGAAAAAUUUACGGGCGUUUGCCGGAAUUUUGGUGGUUGUGUAUUAUGUCUUUGCGAUAAUCGGCAUAGACCUUUUCCGAGGUGUGUUACCGACUCCAGGGAACUCGAGUAUUCCCACCAACAGAACCGAACGUAACAAGACUCUCCAGUGCGGAACCUUCGAGCAACUGGAAUACUGGCCAAACAACUUUGAUGAUUUUGCCGCUGCUCUCGUGACCCUGUGGGAUGUUAUGGUGGUGAAUAACUGGCAGGUCUUUCUAGACGCCUUCUCCAGAUACACAACACCGUGGUCGAAGCUUUACUUUGUGUCGUGGUGGUUGGUUUCCUGCGUAAUUUGGGUCAAUCUAUUUGUUGCUCUGAUUUUAGAGAAUUUUAUUCACAAAUGGGAUCGUAGCAACCGACCCGAGCAAGUGGAGUAUCACAUGACAGUCCAGCUCAUGUUCAGGGAGGACUUGGAAGAGCCAACGGAUGAAGAACUCCUGGACAGACUGCAUCAUCACCCUCACCUCCAUCUCUCUAGAUGACCAUAGGGCUCAUAUACUCUCGUGAAACAAUUUUUGGACAAGACUGUAAACUUGGGGCACAAUCACUUUAAGCCGCCAUGCCAAAUCCGCUGCUGGAAGUCUGGCCGAUGUCCUGCAUAAAGAUGGAGGACGGCAGACAACGUGUCUCUCGUUCCGUUAAAUGUCUUGCCUAACCGUUGGGGUGGCGGGGCUACGGACGCGUAGGUCUUACUUAGUGCUGUUGCUUGGAUCUCACUUCUUGCCUUAACUAUUUUAAAGGGGGUGAAAUAUUUUAUUAUUUUGACUCUUAUGGGCGUAUAGGUGAGUGUUUGUUUUUUCUUUUAUUGUAUUUUUUUGUUUGGUGGGAUAAAAUGCUGGAGAAAUAUGGUUAGAGAAAAAAAAUCGUUUUCUUUAUCUCUGUCCCCCCCUGUAUUUUUUUAAAUAUAUUUUAAUGCCUUAUUUGGGGGGGGGGGAGGUGUUACAAAAAAGUGUCCAUAAUGCUCUUUUUCCUAGGGUUUUUAUAUGGCAUAUAGUGGCUGUAUUUACCCCUUUAGCAAAACUCUAAGGGUAGUUCUGAAGCACUUUAAAUCUCCUUUUUUAUUUUUAGCACUAUUACCCCACAUUUUAUGAGUGUCAAAUAAAAAUAUAAA